UCGCGGUAUAUUCGGUAUUUUGGGAACCUUGGUUGUCAUAGGUUGGGUUACUUACUUUUAUCAUCUCACAACUGGGUUCACAGCAAACUUGAAACGCGUUAAAAUCGAUAUUUUCAUAUCAGCAGAGAUUAUCUUCUAUUUUAACGAGGAACGGAUCUUUAUUAGAGCCUGUUUGUGGGUGCUUUAUGAGGACUAAUGUUAGCCUUUAGCUAAUAUUAGCUGCCAAACAUCAACAGGAAGUAGCAGCGGGGUUAACGCAAUUCCAAUGUCUUGUACUGUGGCUUCCCCAGGCAUGAACUGUACCUUAGAGAAGGUCCUGGCAGAUGCCAAAUCAUUAGUGGAAAGGCUUCGCAACCAUGACAACGCUGCUGAGAUGUUAAUCGAACAGACGACACAUCUCAACAAGCGAGUAGAGGCCAUGAAACAGUACCAGGAAGAGAUAGACACCCUGAAUGAGGUUGCACGUCAUCGGCCUCGUUCCAGUCUAGUCCUGGGAAUCCAGCAGGAAAACCGGCAAAUUAGGGAGCUCCAGCAGGAAAACAAAGAGCUGCGUACAUCAUUGGAAGAACACCAGUCUGCCUUAGAGCUCAUCAUGACCAAAUACAGGGAGCAGGUGUUCAGACUUCUCAUGGCCAGUAAGAGAGACGACCCCGCCAUCGUUACCCAGCUGAAGGAGCAGCAUACUACGGAAAUGCAAGCACACAUAGACAAGAUCAACGAAAUGGCCUCCGUGAUGAGGAAAGCCAUAGAGGUGGAUGAGGAGCGAAUAUGUGAAGAUGAGGAGAGGAUUAAACAGCUAGAGUUGGAGAACAAUGGACUCCGAGAGCUGCUGGGAAUCAGUCGGGAAGCUUUUCUGGUUCUGAAGAGAGACGACCAAUCAGACAGCACGUCGCUGUCGCCACUGCUCACCAGUGCCGACGUGAGCUUACGAAAAAGUUAGAGCCCAGGGCAGCCCACCAAACCCGCCCACCUACUGCUGCCGCUGUAGGGUACAGAGUCUACAGCCUGUUACCACGUGACCACUUCAGAUGAUGAGUCUCCUGGUGCAUUUAGAACAUCGCUGCUCCAGACCUGCAUCCCUGUCUGAUGAUUCGGGCAACAAGCAGCGAGCCAACCCCCUCCCUUUAUUCUUUUUCUUGUUUCUUGGUACUGCUGUAACGUUUUGUUCAUUUUGGCAGCAUGCACGAGCCCGCAGUGCCUGCAACAUUUUAAGGUGUAAAUGAGUAAAUGAAGGGCUUGAGUUCAAAUAAAUCUAUAAGCAAGAAAA